AUCUCACACCAAUUCGUGUUGAAUCUAUAUUCGAACUUGAUUGCAUUACAAUUCACCCUAAGCUCCACGGAACUCGACUUCAGCUUCCUAAAACAAUUAAUAUCGGAUAACUAGACAGCUAAGAUGUCAGGAAAGAAUGAGCAAGGAUUUAUUGACGUCAAGCAAAAGAAUGUUCUCAACGCGCCACUGCACAAGCACUCCUCAGAAAGAAAUGGCUCAUCUUCCCUACCCUCCUCCAUCCACGCAGGAAUGUGCGACAGCAGCAAUCCCGUCGCCGCGAUCCUAACAAACGCUUUCCUUGACUUCUCCUCCUCCAACGGAACAGACCUGCGAAAAGCCGGCGUAGGCCCCGGCCAACGCUUCUGCCUCGAAGCUUCCAUGUGGAAAAAUGCAGCGGAAAAGGGAAUCAGAGAGGUUCCCAAGGUCAAGCUGGAAUCUACACACAUCAAGGCAUUGAAUAGCGUGGGAUUGGAUGUACUCAAGAAGUGGGCUGCGGAACCUGAGGCUGAGUCUGCUCAAGACAAAGUGGUGAAGCCAGGAGAGGGAAGGGAGAGAUGGGCGCAGGAGAGUAAGGAUAUUGGGGCCAAGGAUCCGAGGUCCUGAAGGUAAGUUGGGCGAUACAGGAACAGUGAAAGCAAGACAUACCUGGAAUAAUUCAAUUAUGCGUUCAAGUUUUUUCAGAAGCUGCAGUCUUAGGUAAUGUUUGCAAAACGUCUAGUCUCAGCAGCUCGGGUUUCACCAGAGAGCAAUUGAUUGCGUUGUGAGUUCUUAUCGAAUAUAGAAACUUUUGAUAUUUCAUACUAGAUCAUUACAACAAUCUUCCCU